AUGUCAUCCCAACUGUCCUAUAAAUUGAGCAAAGCUUCAGGUGCAUCUACGCAACUUAUCUGCACCAAUACCCAGGACAACAGGAAUGGCUGUCUCAGUUCUUCGCCUGAUGGUUGUCCUGGGACUGAGUGCCCUAAUCCUGACAUGCUGGGCAGAUGACAACCCAAAUGAUAAUGACCACCUAGAUGAGAAAUCAGACAAGCCUGAUGACUCUAAAAAUCCAGAGCCAGGGUUCCCCAAAUUCUUAAGCAUCCUGGGUUCGGAGAUCAUUGAGAAUGCAGUGGACUUCAUCCUUCGCUCCAUGUCCAGGGGAUCAAGUUUUAUGGAACUUGAAGGUGACCCUGGACAGCAACCUUCAAAAGUGACCUCCUAAGGGCACACCCUUUUGGCAGCCACGAAAAUCAAGGACAGCCAGAUCCUGAACAUCCAGUUCUGUUUCACAAGUCAUGUGAAAACAAAGACUUCAAGGCAUCUCCCAGCAAGUCAGAGGAAAUUCAGCCCCAGUUUCAGCCAAAUACAAUUCAUUUGAGCUCCAUGACUUUGCAUUCCUCCUCCUUCCGCAAUGUCAGAAAAUAAGUAUCUUCUUCGAGUUUUAGAAUUACACACCUGACUUCAUAGAGAUUUUUGUUUUUCCUAGCAAUUUUCCACAUUGUGUUUCAUUUUCUAAUUUAGGGAAAAUUAGAUUAUGUAUUACAUAUACAUAUGUGCAAAAGCUAGUUCAAGGCAUCUUUAUGUAUACAAUACAUGUAUGUUAACAGACUCUAAAAGAUAAAAUAACACAUUU